CGUAUCAGAUAAAUCAACGUCAGCGACAAGCUUGAAAAAUGGAACAACUGCUGAUAACAACGAUCACUAUUUUAUUUUUCCCUGUUGCUUGUCUGUUAUUAUUGGUUGUACUUUUAGCAUCUAUUGGAAAAUCUCUAGGUCUAAGAAGAAAAUAUGUGCAAUUCUUAUUGAAAGUGUUUGAGUUUGGCCAACAUAAAAUAGAGAAAGCUCAACAGAAACAAGAAAAUCCUGAUGAUGAGACGGAAGAAGAAGUAGAUAGUGAUGAUGAAGGGAAGAGAGUCAUUAGACGAGAUAUAUCUGUGUCUUUAGAUGGUUUGAAAUUUCAUUCUGCAAGAACAGAUUUAAUGGUAGACAAAAAAGAUUUUCAUAUUUCUGAUGUUAUGUAUUUUGCAAAGUGUGGUAUGGAGGCUGUCAUUGAAGAUGAUGUUACCAAGUGCUUUACAGCUGAAGAGUUGAAGUCAUGGAAUUUUUUAACCAGAACUACACAAGGUCACCAGUUUAUAAGUGUUCGAUUAACUAUCUUGUGGUGCUUAGGAUUUUUAUUUAGAUAUUGUUUCCUUGUGCCAAUGAGAGUGGUUGUCCUGUCUAUUGGUCUCUUGUGGCUGAUUGUAUCUACAGCAUUUAUAGGAUACUUACCAAGAAACAAGUUCAAAGGUAGAUUGAAUGAAUAUGUUAGUCUGAUGUCCCAUAGAAUUCUUGCCAGAGGAUGUUCUGCUUAUGUAGUUUAUCAUAACAAAGAAAAUAAAGCUUCAAGUGGAAUUGUUGUAGCAAACCAUACUUCUCCUAUAGAUGUCAUUAUUAUGUCAUGUGACAAUUGUUAUGCUAUGGUUGGACAAGCUCAAGGUGGAUUUUUAGGUGUGAUACAGAGAGCAUUGUCAAGAGCUACAUCACAUAUUUGGUUUGAAAGGUCAGAGGUUAAAGACAGACAUAUUGUUGCAAAAAGGUUAAGGGACCAUGUAGCAGAUAAAAGCAAAUUACCAAUAUUGAUUUUCCCAGAAGGUACCUGUAUAAAUAAUACAUCAGUUAUGAUGUUUAAAAAAGGUAGUUUUGAAAACAGCGAUAGAAUCCAUCCAGUAGCUAUCAAAUAUGAUUUACGUUUUGGUGAUGCCUUUUGGAACAGCAGUAAGAUGGGUAUGUUGGGACAUCUUUGGGAACUUUUAACAAGUUGGGCAUUAGUAGCUGACGUAUGGUACUUACCACCUAUGGAUAAACAGGAAGGUGAAGAUGCCAUUCGUUUUGCAAGUCGAGUUAAAAAGGAAAUAGUCAAGCAAGGAGGAUUUGCUGAUUUAGAUUGGGAUGGUAUGCUGAAAAGAAACAAGGUUAAAGAAGAAUGGAUUUCAAAACCCCAAGAGGAAUACAGUAAAUUGAUUAAAGCAGAGUAAAACCUUUGUGAUAUGGAUGUACUUGUUGGUGCUUCAAUUUGUUAAUGUUUGUUUUUGUAUUGUCAAUUUAUAAUAGAUAGAUAUGUUGAAUUCAGAAUUUGACUUGUAGUUUUUUCAUAUUUAUUAUAAAUUUGUAAGUUAUGUUUAUGUCAUGUUUAGUGUUUCAAAAACAUACUGGUAUGUAAUUUAUUUACCAUAAAGGGAAGAACUAUGAUAAUUUACUAUGGCCACAAGGUGCAGUAGGAAAACGUAUAUUUUGUAUUAUACAAUAUAAUCUUUUUUUAUUUGAAUGUAAUCAUAUCUUUAUAUUAUUUGCUUUUAAUGUUAAAAGUGUCUUCCUUAUAAAAAAAGACAAUGUUUAAUAACAAGUUUGUUUUGAUUGAAGCAGAGGUCUUGGUAUAUAUUUUUUUAUUAUUAUUUGGGGACAGUGUCAUCUUAGAAAUAGGAAGUAAAUGUAAUACAUUUUCAGUUUUUUUUGGAUUUUAUUCUAAAAUUUUGUAAAGUUGAUUACAAAUCCUCUUAAUUUAAAAAAAUCUUGGACUGACCCAAGAGAUAUAUAUUACCCUUUAAUAUCUUAACUUAAGGUAAAGGAUAUUUAAUAAAAAUUAGAAUAACGUUGUCAAAGAGACAACAACCUGACCAAAGAGCAUAAGCAUGUCAUCUUUUUUUUACAACGCUCAAUGCUUUAUAUAUAUGACCACUGUGAUUAAUUACUUUGUUAUUUCCUUUAAAGGAUGUAAAUCAUAUAAAAUGUUUAAUAUAUAUCUUUGCUCAUUGUCAAUAAUUUCAUUAAAACAAGAGAGUUAGUUUCCCUGGUGGUAUUUGUUUAUGAAUA